CGCGCGAAUUCAUCAGAUUCUAGCUAUAGCUAAUCUUUUUUUUUUCCUUCUUCCAUCCGGCCGGCCGGUGCUUUAUCUGCACCAAGGCCGAACCUUUUGACGAUGCUUUUUGUUCUUUUUAGCAUCUGAAUUCGAGCACGCAAUCGACGCUGCAAUAUUGUUAGCGCGGACUGUUCCAGCAGCAAGGGCACCGUUUUCUUGGAGUUGGAACCUGGCUCACGCAGCACUAUAUAGCUAGCUGUUAGUGCCAACUAAAUGGCACAGAUAUAUAGCUAGGACGAACACUGGGGUGUUUGAAUAUAUACCUGAGCUAAUAGUUACUUACUAAAAUUAGUUGAAGAUAUCCAAAUAGCUUUAGCUAAUAGUUCAAUUAUUAACUAUUUUUAGUAAACUAGCUAGCUAGUGUGAGCUAGCUAAUUCCGCUAACAAUUUUUUUAGCCAACCAAAUACCAACCUACGUAUGGCUGCCUAGCUAGUGUAGGAUCAUCGACAGUGCCGAAACAGGUGGUGGUGUUUUGCCCACAAAGCAAGGCAAGAAAAAAGCCGGUCUUUGGGGGCGAGCCGAGCCAUGCUUUGGCGCAAAGAAACACAUCAUCGUUUUCGACCGGCGCCAGCCAAAGACGACAGGCGUACGAAACGAACUACGGCGGGUCGGGACGCACGCACGCACACCACGCCCCUCUAGUAGCUUGCGUGUGUCGUAACUCAAACAGGAAGAAGCUAGGAAGAAGGAGCGGCAGCUCGCGGUGGUAGAUGACGCUUGGUGCUGGUGCUGGUGCCGCCGUGGCCGACAUGGAGGCCGGCAGUAGCGGCGGGUCGUCCUCCGACGAGCGGCGCGGGCGGCGGGUCACGGAGGACUGGUGCUGCGCCUGCGCGGAGGGGCUCUUCCUGGGGCCGCCCAACCCGAUGGUGGCGCGCUACCUGUACGCGCUCAUCUUCCUCGUCACCAACCUCCUCGCCUGGACCCUCCGCGACUACGGCAGCUCCGCGAUCGCCGGGCUCCAGCGGCUCAAGGUCUGCCAGGGCGCGCGCCGCCACUGCCUGGGCGCGGAGGGCGUGCUGCGGGUCAGCCUCGGCUGCUUCGUCUUCUUCGUCGUCAUGUUCCUGUCCACCGUGCACACCAGGAAGCUGCACGACUGCCGCAACUCGUGGCACUCCGACUGGUGGCCGGCGAAGAUCGUCCUCUGGCUCGCACUCACCGCCGUCGCCUUCCUCGCGCCGUCGCCGCUCGUCCAGCUCUACGGGAAGGUGGCGCAUUUCGGAGCAGGGGCGUUCCUGGUGAUCCAGCUCAUCAGCGUCACCAGGUUCAUCAUGUGGCUCAACGACUGGUGCCGGUCAGAGACCACCCAGAAGAGAUGCCACUUGCUGAUCCAGGCGGUGUCCAUCGCCACGUACGUGGGGUCGCUGCUGGGGGUCGUGCUCAUGUACGUGUGGUACGCGCCCAGCCCGGCCUGCAGGCUCAACAUCCUCUUCAUCACCGUCACGCUGGUGCUCGUGCAGCUCAUGACCUUCGUCUCCACGCGCUCCAAGGUGAAGGCAGGGUACCUGGCGCCUGGGCUGAUGGGGAUCUACGUCGUGUUCCUGUGCUGGUCGGCGAUCAGAAGCGAGCCGCACACGGAGGUCUGCAACAGGAAGGCAGAAGUCGCCACGAGCGCAGACUGGGUGAACAUCGCGAGCUUUGUGAUCGCCGUCGUCGUCAUCGUGGCGGCGACCUUCUCGACGGGGAUCGACUCCAAGUGCCUCCAGUUCAAGCAGGCGGAGGGGGAGUCGGAGGAGGACGACAUCCCCUACGGCCUGGGCUUCUUCCACCUGGUGUUCGCCAUGGGCGCCAUGUACUUCGCCAUGAUCUUCGUCGGCUGGAACGCGAGCCACACCAUGGAGAGGUGGACGAUCGACGUCGGGUGGGCGAGCACGUGGGUGCGCGUCGGCAACGAGUGGCUGGCGGCAGUCGUGUACAUAUGGAUGAUGAUCGCGCCCGUCAUCUGGAAGACGAGGCAGGUGGGAUCGUCGGCAGAGACGUGAUGACGACUGAGCAGCUUUCACUACUGAUAUGCUGACGAACACUACCCAGAAUUUACAUAUACAUAUACAGAUCGACCCGAAAGCAAAUGAAAGGGUAAAGGACGACAACGGGGAAGAUGUGUGGUGCGAGCAAAAUUUAUAACUGCUAUGCAUCGCCGACAAAUUAAUUCGCAUUCCUGGAUGCACAUGCACUGCUGCUCGGGUAGUUUUUUGCUAAAGCCCUGAUCGGAGGAGAACGCUAAUGGCUAAUCCGUCUUGCAUGCAGUGAAGCCGCUCCACUCGGUUGAGGAAGCGCAUCGAUCUCGUUGUACUAAAUAAACCAUCUCAUCUCAUCUCAUCUCAAAUACACAUGCGGGGUUUGUUUGUUUGUUUGUUUGUUUUGGGCGGACCUGAUGACAAAACUGUCUAGUCCGAGCAGCAAAUAUCCGGACUCGUACGUCGGCCUGAGGUUUGGAUUAUUAAUUUGCUCCCCGGCCGCA